AUGGAAAAAGAAAGGGAGCAGUCCUCCAGGCUUGCCAAAGACCUGCAAGCCCAGCUGGCUGCAGUUUCAGAGGGUGCGAAAGAGAAGCCGAAGGCUGACGAGCUCUCCAGGUCCGAAGACCUCCCAGAAGGGGAGAAGGAAUCUGGGGCGUCCAGCGCAGAGCUCCAGAAGCAGCUGGAGGAACUGAAGCAGACUGCCGAAGCACAACGGCAAGAGAUCGAGAAACAAAAGCAGGAGUCAUCCAGGUGUAUACAAGAUCUACAAGCACAGCUGGCUUCAUAUGCAGAGAGUGCCAAGGAGAAGCAGAAGGCUGAUGAGGAAACCUCCAGGACCAAAGACGUCACGGAAGCGGAGAAGGCAUCUGGGGAGUCCAGCGCAGAGCUCCAGAAGCAGCUGGAG